GUGGCUUAUACAGAUGAUGUCAUCAUCACAGUCCUGACUGGAGAAUCUCCUUUGCCCUGUACAAAGUGUGAGAAAGAAAGGGAAGAAGAUGUUUCAGUGUGUGGCUACCAGAGGAUGAAAAGCUAGAUGCUACUUGGUUAAACUGGAAAAACACAAGAGAGAAGAGUGAAGCAUUGUAACUGCUGCCAGGAACUGUGACAGUGAGGGAACUGCUUCGCUUAGAGUAGUCUUCUUACCAUGGGGAAGUCAGCCUCCAGGCUUUUUUGUGAGGAGGUAAUGAAGACUCAUAAUGAGUACAGGAGAAAACAUCAAGCCCCACCUUUAAAACUCAGCAGUAAACUGAGCCGUGAAGCAGCACGAUAUGCUGAGAGCCUUGCUAGCACCAGGAUUCUAAAGCAUAGUGCCGAGUCUAGUCGAGGAAACUGUGGAGAAAAUUUAGCAUGGGCAUCUUAUGAUCAAUCAGGUAAAGAUGUGUCUGAUCGCUGGUAUAAUGAAGUGAACCAGUACAACUUCAACCAGCCAGGAUUCUCCUCUGCAACUGGUCACUUCACUGCAAUGGUGUGGAAAAGCUCAAAGGAACUUGGUGUGGGUAAAGCUGUGGCCUCAGAUGGUUCUACCUUCGUAGUGGCACGUUAUUUCCCUGCCGGCAACAUUACUAAUCAGGGCCACUUCCAGGCCAAUGUCCUGCCCCCUAAAAGCUGAUUCAAAUGUAUCUGGACACAGUGAGAAUGAAGGUAGGGAGGGGAACUGAAAGAGGAUGGGGAACAGCUGAAAUUGGAGGUUGGUUUACCUGGAGGACCAAACGCAGUGAUGGUUGGCUUUAAUAC